AAUGUGCUUGCGGGCCACAUCUUGAAGCUUUUAUGCUUUUUUGUCUGUGUGGGCGUGCCAACGAUGCAAGUUGAUUCAAUCUUGUUCAAGCUGUUCUUGUAGUCGUGCGAUUCUUGUGUGGGCGUUUCUUAACCCAUCCCGACUCGGUGCGGGCGUUCUUUACUGCUUCGUUUAUUGACCUCUGAGACAACCACCCAAAGGGUCAGAGAAGUGCGAUAAGUUUCUUCAUUCCAGUGAUCUGGUGCGUGGUUUUUUUUUUCUUUGAGCAGCAGAUUUUGUGAUCCCACGGUACACUUUUGUAUGCAACCGAUUAUAGACGCUAUUUUUUAUAGAUCAUUAAGAAAAACUAACAACUUGCAUGGUGAUCGCCUUGGCAGAGUCCCGCACUUUAGGUGCGCUGUUCAUACAAAGUUUUACGCAAGAACGCACGGUGCUGCCGUGAUCAGCUGUGCGGCAAAAACUGUUGCUUGCCUCAAAAACAUCCAGUUUGACGACGCUAUAAUGGCAGCACGUACGGUUAGACGUUUCUCUCCUUCGCCAUCUUACCUGUCUGUAAUGCGGGCAUGACAAAGGUCCCGCCGCUCACUCUCUAUGCAACGCGUUAUCAGGAAGAAAUUUUCUCCAUUUAGCAAUUGAAUAUGUCUGACGGCCACUUGCUGGUUAAGCUGUUAAGCACAUCGAUUGGAGCGAAAGACGUCAAACAAAGCAGUACACUGACAGGUGUCGCGCGGGACAAAGAGUGGCGCGGUGUUCCGGUAACACUUGCAGAGUCAAUACUCGCUAGUCGCAUAAGGCAUUUCUGUUCGCAUUAAUGUUGCUUGCACUGCAGUAUUCUUCAAGACUUGGACAAGGGCCGCUCUCUGAACUUCGCAGUUUAUUCUACGUCCCAGUUUUUAACCCAUUCAAUUAUUGCUGCUAUAGCAAAAUAAUGAAGCACCUCGUCUGAAAAAAAAAAAAAAACUGCGUUGAGCCCACCCGUUUUUCCAGCUGUGAGUUUUUCGUCACCUGGUAGUUGUUCGUUUGUGAGAGGCCUCAUGUUACGACUAUCGUAGAAAAGUCUACUGCUUCGCAAUUGAGGGAGGAAUGGAUUAUGUGUAGAGUGAAUCACUGCCAUCAGUCGUGUAUUGUGUUGCUCUUUUCACUUUAACCAGACUGCCGCAAUGAUAUGCUUGCAAAGGGUUGUAAGAAAUCGCUCUCUAGAAACUAACGCCUGAAAACAAGCUUUUUACUGUUCAGAAGUUUCCCACGGGUAAAUAUACUCAUUGCGCAGACAAGUUGUCAGAAAAGUAUUCUAUGAAAACCUUUAAUUACAUUAUAGUUAUUGUUAAUGUAUUAGCAUAACCUGCAGCUUUCCGCUAAGUGGUGUAAAUAAAACCUAGAAUACAUUUAUGUAACAGAUAUGUAUUCCUUGGCGUCUUCCCCAGCGAUAUUCGAUUUGCGUGAUAGAGGCAUGUAGAGGAAGACCCGCCAGCUGUGUGCAUUUCCUCCUUGGAAGUAAACAGUUCUCUCCCGAGUGAACGUUUCACUGACCUCGCAUGCGGAGAUAUCCUGAAGGCGAACGGUUUUGGCGUGGCCGAUGUUGUAGUUUGUCACGCACAGCUUUUCGCCGGAACACCCUUUUAUUAGCGCUAUACUCUCGAACCCAGAAAAUUCAAGAUUACGCACACCUUCACGGCUGCUAGGAGGAAAGUUCGUCAAUAGAUAAUCACCGUGUUUUCCAAAGUUUAUUGAAGGUGCAUACACGGAUGGCAGUGCCGCGUUGAGGCAUUCAAGGCUUCUGGGAUUUGACUGCACAAGUUGUUUAUAGCAACGACACCAGCAUAUACUUUUUUUCUAAAGAAUGCUGUCCAGGGACAUAAAUUCCAACAACAUUCACCUCAAAAGCUCAUCCCUCUUGCAAACAAAACGCGAACUGUUGACAUCGCCAGUCGCGAUCAUUUCUGUUAGGUUUAUGCUUAUAAGAACUAAUACCGGAAACAAUAUGACUGCGUUUUCUACGUGUUUUUCGUUGUUACGUUCCAGCGGUAACUUCAGAGCAACAGAAUGAAAUAGCGCCGUUGUGCUGUGAAGUUGACAAAGCAAAAAGCAGACGGACAGCUACAAAGAUAUAGCAAACGAGAAGACUUUCUGUAUGAAUCUCUGCAUUAAAUUUUUCUUCAAGAAACUGUGGUAUGCUGCGAACUAUGUCUCUGCAGUAAGCUUCGAUGUGUCAUUUUCCACAGUUUUACUUAUAUAUUUCAAGGCCUGGAAUUUAGCUUGCGCCACAGAAACUCCUCUUAUCCAUGCCUCUUACAUUCUCGACCAAACUGAACUCGGCCGUUUCGUUGUAGAGACGCUCCCUCGGGAGCACUCGGCUGCCUUGUUGUCUCUCAAAAUAUUGGACGCGUGGCGAAGGCAGCCGCGCGGGGCGCCGUGCUUUGUUUUGACGCGGACACUGGACUCAACUGCGAAGGCCAUUUCAUUUCGGCAGAAUUACACCCGCUCUGGAUGACGAAAAAGACCUACGACGAGUGAGGAGAGACAACCUAGCUCGCACGCAUCGCCGAAGAUGAUCGACCACAGCGAGACGUGCCGUCGGACUUUCUCUCUCUCUGGCGGCGGCGAGCAAAGCGCGUGGCUGAGUGCGUGCAUCUGGCGCGAUAACUAGUAGCGCCCGUAUAAUCGGCCUUGGUGGGAUGCUUGGCCUGCUGUUCGGCCAGUCUCCAUGGUGGUGACGGCGAGGCGUCUGCGGUGCGGCGCCCUCCUCUCCUGUUGCCUUCUCAUUGUGCGAACGCUAGCGAGUGAGCAGCCGGCCAGCUACUACGACAUCCGGCCGUCCGACGGCCUCAACGAGACGGGACCCUGGGACGUAUUCUUCAAUGACACCACUCUGGUGUUCAGCUACGACCCGGUCGCCGCGAAUGCCACUGACAGCGGGCAAGAUGAGCCACUGUCGUCGCCAUCCUGGGAAGAACGUUAUGACCUGUUACCGCUGCAAAACGACUCGUCACCGCUGCUGGAGUAUCGGGAACCAUUCCAGCCUCUUCCGUCCCUGACUGAUGAGGAGCGCAAGACAGUGUACCUGCUCGGCCUGUUCGAACUCACGGGCAGCUGCGAGGCCGCGAAAGGUGGUCGUGCCGAAAGGGCCGCGGCACGGCUGGCCAUACGACACGUCAACGAGCGCAACGUGGUUCCUGGACACAGGCUUGAGAUGUACGACAACGACACAAGGUGCGACGCCGGAGCGGCUAUCAACGCCUUCUUUCACGCCAUUUACCGGAAGCAGCAGAUGACCAUGCUGUUGGGUACAUCUUCCUCUGAAGUCACCGAGCGCCUCGCCAAGGUGGUCAGCUACUGGGGCGUGCUGCAGAUAUCGUUCGGCAGCUUGAGUUCGGUGCUGAGUGACCGGGCUGGAUUCCCGCUCUUCUUUCGCACCGUGGCUCCAGACUCGUCGCACAACGCCGCCCGCGUGGCAUUCUUGCGCCGCUACCGCUGGGACACCGUGGCCACCCUGCACGAAGACGACGAGCUGUACGCCUUGGCCAUCAACGAAUUGCUGACUCAGCUGGAGAGCGCCCACAUCGCCGUCUCGUCCUCGGAAAGCGUCACACGAAACGAUUUCCUCGAGCAAAUACAGGAGCUGAAGAACACCGACAGCCGCAUCAUAAUCGGCAGCUUCUCCAGGCACAUGGCUCGCAAAAUAUUCUGCGAGGUGUACAAACAGGGCAUGUAUGGCGCCGACUUCCAGUGGAUCGUGCAGGGUGGUCUCGGCGAGUGGUGGCUCGACCCGUCGGGCACCGACUGUUUAGCCGGCCAGCUUCGCGCCGCGGCCGAAAACAUCAUCACGGUGGCCGCGUACACGGGAAGCCUGCCCAAUCGCGCCAGUGUCUCCGGCUUGCAAAUGGACGCCUUCCGGCGGGAAUUGGAUGCCGAACUGGAGUCCGAGCUGCGGUCGGGCCUGGAGCCACUGCCGGCCGGAGCGUCCGGUUACCGAGGUCACGUAACGCAGGUCUACGACGCUGUGUGGACCGCUGCGCUGGCGCUGCGGUCAGCCGAACUGCUCUGGGGAAAGGCCAAAGUAAACCUAACGUUGUCUGACUUCCGCUAUGAGAAGCUUCUGCCGGAGACUGGUGGGGGCGGGAGCUAUCACUGGAACGAGACCGUUGAGCCGCCACCUCCACCACAAGAGCGCCGCAUGGCCAACUACUUCGACCGGAUCAUUUCGCGCCUAAGCUUCAACGGCCUCUCGGGACCUAUCUCAUUCUCUGGAAGUGAUCGCGUUGGCAUCACGGAGUUCCAGCAGAACCAAGGUGGGCUCUUGCGCAAAGUGGCCCUGUACAUACCAGACUCCAAAAUGCUGGACUUCUCCUGCAUUAGGUGCCGCCCGAUCAUCUGGCAAGACGGUGAGCCCCCCGUGGCGAGACGCAUCGUCAAGCUAAGCGUUGCAACCAUCCAGCGCAGCGUUUUCAUCUCUGUGUCGGUACUGGCCACCGUGGGCAUGCUGCUGGCCAUCGCCUUCCUUGCGUUCAACCUCUACUACCGUAAGAGCAAGUACAUCAAGCUGUCCAGUCCCAAGCUGAACAACAUGACCGUGGUGGGCUGCUUGCUCGUCUACGUGGCAAUCGUUGUCCUAGGCCUGGACUACGACACGCUGGGAAGUGACACCCGUUUCACCGUCUUCUGCACUGUGCGGGCUUUCCUGCUGUCGGGUGGCUUCUCCUUGGCUUUCGGGGCGAUCUUCAUAAAGACUUACCGGGUGCAUCAUCUGUUCGUGCGUGCCUCCAGCGGCGUCAUCAAGAACAAGCUCCUUCAGGAUCAGCAGCUGAUCGCGCUUGUCUGCGUCCUGGUCCUCAUCGACUGCGCAAUCGUCACCCUUUGGGUCACCUUCGAUCCCAUGGAAAGGAUCAUGCGAAACCUGACCAUGCAGAUCUCCAGGCUGGAGCGGGACGUGGUGUACCUGCCCCAGCGCGAGCAAUGCCACUCGGAGCACAUGGCCAAGUGGCUGGGCGCGCUGUACAUCUACAAGGGCCUGCUGCUCGUCGUCGGCUGCUACAUGGCCUGGGAGACGCGCAACGUCCAGAUACCGGCGCUCAACGACUCGCAGUACAUCGGCAUGAGCGUCUACAACGCCGUCAUCACCUCGGCGCUCGUCGUGGCGCUGGCCAACGUCAUCUCGACCGAGCGCUACACGCUCACAUACGCGCUCGUCGGCACGCUCAUAUUCGUCUCCACCACCACCACUCUGUGCCUGCUUUUCCUGCCCAAGAUCCACGCCAUCAUAAACAAAGCCGACGCCGAUGCCGUGGUGGCUUCUUCCGGUGUGCGGGUCGAGUUCAACACUCGACGCUUCGCUAUCGACGAGCGUCGGGAGCUCUACUACCGCACCGAGGUCCAAAGCCGCGCAUACGCACGCGAAAUUGCAGAGCUAGAUGCCGAGAUAGCACGGCUGAAGAGGCUUCUCGGAGAGCCACUCUGUGCCGAAACGUCGUCUGAAAACAACUCUGUCAAGUCCGAGAGCCCCUUGUCAUCACUGCUGGAGAGGUUCAAGCGCAAGCGAGCGUCUCUGGAGAACAGCGAGGCGGCCGGCAUCGCCUGCAUCUCUCGCGUCAACGCUCCCAUGCGCUCUCCGGCCCGCGUUCACGACCUGCGCUGGCGGGUCGAAGACGGCACCAGGAUGCUGCAGCUGCGAGCCGAGGACCUGCUGCUCCCGCCACGACAUUCAUUCCAUGAACGGUCCAACGAAUGCCUCCAGCAGUCCAGGGGUAGCUUGCCUAUGAUCGCAGCCACGUGCAACGACGAGCGUGGCCAGGGGGGAAGCGACCAAGCUCCUGUUCCUCACUCCGGCUCAUUUCCCACACUACCACGCCCGUCGCGGUCUCCGGCAAGCCAGGGAGAGCGCGAAAACAGCAGAGAGGAAGUCUACCAGUCAGCCGAACUUGUUCCCACUAGCGACAGCGUGACGACUGCAAACACCACCGAUGAGUACCGGACGUUGUCGUCAGACGAGUACCGGACGCUGUCGUCCGACGAAGACACGACGUACGUGAGCUGUCGCAGUCCCGCUUUCACCACUGCACUCAACCACUGCCCGUCGUCCACGUCAUCUCCGUACACGCACGAACCACUCGAACUGGCCGUGUUGGAGGAGGCCAGCAACGAUGAAGGCAUCGCCGAGUCGUCGGCGUCGACGACGCCCGUAGCCCGAGAGGCGACGCCGUUGGCUGGCAGGUUGCAGACUGAGCGGGAGCUUUUUCUCAAGCGCCUUGAAGAAGCAGAGUCGGUGGACGUCUGACGAAUGGGACUCAGUUGCGUAGUUCGACCCGAGAGGACACAGAAUUCUCGUUGGACACUUGUUGACCGUAUAGGCAGACUC